CGGCGGCGGCGGCGGCGGAGGGAAAUCUUGUUUGGUCUGAGUCUCCGAACUGUGCGGUGACUUCUGAGCACAGAUCAAUACGUGUCUGUCCCGACUCGGGGGCCCGGCCCAGCCCGGCGCGGCGUUCGGGGGCUGCGGGCAGCGGCGUGGGGAGCGCAGAGCUGGCGGGGAUGGCUCUGUAGAUGUCUGUGUGCCUAGACCUCUCCGAGAUGUCAGGUAUUAGUCCGGAGGGGCAGAUCUGCGAGCCACACAGCAGCUCCCGGGUCUACGGUACAUUAGCCUCUCCGUGGGAGAGGGAUCCCAGACAGCUCUGCUGGGGAGCCAGCCCAGGAGAUUUGUUAGCGGGCUGCUCCGGGGGAUACCAGCCACCUCCGGCACCCGAGCGCCAAAGGUGCUUGUGCUGCUGCUGCUGCUGCUGCUGGCGCAUUUCAUCCAAACUCCAGCCAGAGCGAGGGCAAGUUGAACCGGAGACAUUAGAGCCACUGUGCUUUGGAGAGACGAGGGCGCACGGGGAGAGCGGCGGCACCAUGCCUGCUAUCAAGAAGGAGCGACUUGACAGGGAAGAGAUGGCCCUGGCAGCUUUUAACCAGCCCAUGGAAACCUUACCUGACUACCUCGCGCCUCUGGCCGCCGCUGCCAUUCCGGUGGUCACCCCGCACCCGCCGGCUUACGACCAGAUCUUUGCCCACCGCGCGUACCUGGGCUUCCACGAGACCCACCACCCCCACCCGCACCACCCGCACCACCCCCACCACCUCCCCGAGGACCUGAUGCUGGAGAGGUUUUCCUCCAUCCCGGAUUUCCAGCCCUUCUUUGACAACGGAGAGCCUUGCAUCGAGGUGGAGUGCGGGGAGAACAAGGCGCUGCUCUACAUCAAUAAGUUGUGCCAAGGGAGCAAAGGACCCUCUAUCCGGUACCGGGGAGAGUGGCUCACCCCCAACGAGUUCCAGUUUGUCAGCGGCAGAGAGACGGCCAAGGACUGGAAGCGCAGCAUCAGGCACAAAGGGAAAAGUUUGAAGACUCUUAUGUCCAAAGGAAUCUUACAGGUACAUCCUCCAAUCUGUGAUUGCCCUGGGUGUCGAAUUUCGUCUCCAGUGAACCGGGGCCGCCUGGCAGAGAAGAGGACGAUCCCCCUGCCCCCCACCAGGAUCCCCAAGAAAGAGCUGAGCUCGAUUUUCUCACACAGUGAGGACAGCGAGGAGAGCGACAAGAGCAAUGGUCAGCACCCCGAAGUGAAGCAGGAGGAGGAUCUGCACAUCAGUAUCAUGAAAAGAAGGAUUCACACCCACUGGGAUUUAAACAUCUCCUUCCGAGAGACCUCUUGCAGGUACCAUUUUGGGGCACCUCUCUGUAUGCCGCGACAGCGACCUCUCCACCAUCAUCUCCAACCUGCACCAGAGCCGCCAGCUCGUUAUGCCAGAGACCCAGAGCCGCUGCGAGUUCAAGAGGAACAGCCUGGACGUGGGGCUGGCAGCAGCAGUGCCAGAUUUCAUGAGUUUCCAGUUGCAGUAGGACUAUUUGCAUGGAUAGAAGUGGAGGAUUCAGGCUCCCUCAUGCUAGAGGAAGAUGAAAUUUUAGGCAAGAGAAGAGUAUGUUCUCCCAACAGCAGCAGUGAGUGUCCUUUAGAGAGCAAGAAAGCCCGAAGUGAGUCCCCAAAGGAAAACUCGCACACGCCUCUGCUGGAGGAGGCGGUGACGCAGAUGACCCCGGAGGAGCACUACAGGCGCAUGAUGUCAGCCCUGAACGAGCACGGCACCUUCGAGGAGCAGCAGCAGCAGCGGCUCUACCAGCUGGCCAACAGCAUGGCAGUGCCCAGCCACGGAGAUCUGCUGCGGGCGCGGCAGGAGGUGGCGGCGGCGGCGGCGGCGCGGACCCCGGGCGCGAUGGAAGCGCACAUCCCCUCGGCCAGCAACUCGUCCAGCCAGCGCAGGAAGCAGGGCCUCCCCCAGCACAGGGACAGCCACUUCCCCGACAGGGAGAUAUCCCACCCACCGCCUCUGCUGUCACCCCAGAACGCUCCCCACAUCGCCCUGGGGCCUCACCUGAGGCCUCCCUUCCUCGGGGUGCCGUCGGCGCUGUGCCAGACGCCAGGUUACGGGUUCCUGCAGCCGGCACAGGCGGAGAUGUUCGCACGGCAGCAGGAGAUGCUACGGAAGCAAAACCUGGCCAGGCUGGAGAUGUCGGCCGAGCUCAUCCGCCAGAAGGAGCUGGAGAACCUGCACCGCCAGAGGCUGCUGGCCGGAGACCCCCUGAGCCUGCACCCGGGGCUGCCCCCGGACCACCCCGCGCUGCGCAGCGUGCACGACGUCCCCGAGGGCCACGCGCUGCGCGACGAGCUGUCCCGGCGCAACGCCAUGCUGGUGCUGCGGCACAACAACGCCCCGCUGCUGUCCCUCACCCCCGGCGGCCCCGGCGCCGCCACCCCGCCCAAGGAGCAGCCCCGGCGGGCCGGGGGCGGCCGCAAGUCCUCGCAGCCCCGCGCGGAGCCGCAGGGCCCCGGGGAGGCGCGGGAGCCCGCGGAGCCGCGCGCGCGGGACGGGGCCCAGGACUGUAACGACGAGGAGAUGAAGGACUCGGAGAGCGACGCCGAGGUCGGCGAGGACAAGGCCGAGGGGCUGAAGGCCGAGGGCGGCUCGGGAGCGGAGCUCAAGGAGUGCAAGGACGGCACGGGCAAGGCGUGCGAGGGGGCCAAGGAGCUGAGCGAGGCGGCCGCGGCCCCCAGCGUCCCCUGCAGCUCCUCGAGCGCGGAGUCCCCCAGCCACCUGCUCGGGCCCGGCAUCAACAAGGCCGAGGUGAAAUACCUGCCCCCAGCCUCCCUCCCGGCGCCCCAGCCGCUGCCCUUCGGAUUCCCCUACACCAUGAGCCCCUACUUCCAUGCAGGCACCAUGGGAGGUCUGUUUCUGGAUGGGGAGGAGAGCCCUGCGCUGGAAGACAUCAGCAAAUGGACGGUGGAGGACGUUUGCAGCUUCGUGUCCAACUUGUCAGGCUGCACUGAGUACACUCAGGUAUUCCGAGAGCAGGCCAUCGAUGGGGAGACCCUGCCCCUGCUGACAGAAGAGCACUUACUGAACAACAUGGGGCUCAAGCUGGGCCCUGCCCUGAAGAUCAGGUCACAGGUGGCCAAGAGGCUGGGCCGGGUGCUGUGCAUGGCCGGCUUCCCGGUGGCGCUGCCGCUGCAGCCGCCGGGGCUGCGGCCCCCGGAGCGGGAGCUGGCCCCGGGCGAGCUCCGCCCGGCCUCCACCGGCAGCGUGGCCUCGCCCUUCGGCAGCGCCGUCCCGCCCAGCCGGGGCUCCCCGAAGCAGGAGAACGGGAACCCCUCCCUGCUCAGCGACACCACCAAACCUCCGUCCUAAACUGCGGCAGAUCCAGGGAACGCCAGGAGGAAGGGGCGGCGGAGCCUCCCCGCAGCAGCGCCCGGCACGGGAGGAAAGGGAGGGGUUUUUUUCGGUUUUUUUUUUUGGAGGUAUUUGCUUUUUUUUUCUUUUUUUUUUUUUGUUUGGGGAAAAAAAUCAAAACAAAAGAACCACACAGAAGAUUUCUGAACUGUCAAAAAAGGAAAAAAAAAAGAAAAAAAAAAAGGGAAGGAAGGAAAAUUAUCCAAAGAUGUUGUCCUGGGACGACGCCAAGUGAAGAGAAGGAUGCUGGAGGAUGGAGGCAGCAUUCCCGUUCCCUUCCACACUCCACUGGAGCUGGAGAGCCCUGCACAGGGACCAUGGACAGGCUGUUCUCUGCCUUCAGGAACUCCUGGGUGUGACUCCACAGGGAAGGGAAGGGGCUCUGCUCCUCCCAUCGGUACUUCGAGCAAAAAAACCCCAUCCACACCCACCCCAGCCACCCUCCCAGACCUCUCCUCCUCCCUGGAAACUGGGCUCAGUUCCUCCUCAUUCAGGUGUCUAUGCAUCUCUAGCAACUUUGAAAACAAUACCAAAGACAGACAAAAAGGAUAAAAAGACAAAAAAAAAAAAAAAAAAAAAAAAGGCAAGUUCCCGUCCAUGUUUACUUCGUGCGGAUGGUACAGAGCCACCCUGCCCUGGCACAGGGGCCUGGCAGCACCCAGCAGCAGGGACUGUGGCCGUGCUCCAGCCCUGCAGAGGUGGCUUUUUCCGUGGGAUGUUUGGUUUCCAGGAGCAGCAGCAGCAGUGAAGCUCGGGGGAGGAAGGGUCCCUGCCCCCCUCGCUGCCCCCACCCUCGCUCCUGCAGCCGGUGGGGCUCGCCCGGGCUGGUUUUAUGUUAAAGCCUUGUUCCAGAGGUGGAUGUAGUUGCACAUUCUGGGUGCUGUGGACACGAGACAGAGCCCUGGGCCCGCCCAGAGCCCCGGGAGCAGGGGAGGGAUUGGGGGGGUCAGGCUGAAAACAAUAGGCAGAGUUUUUACUACUGUGAAUGAGCUGGGAACUCCUGGGGGUGACCUCCUGUGACUUGUACAGUUGUGAACAACAAUCACAUGUGGUACUUUUCUCUCUCUCUCUCUCUCUCUCCCCCCCCCUUUUUUUUUGGGUUUGUUUUUGUUUAAACGUUGCACGUGCUGCCGUUUUUCUUACAGAAUAGCUUUGGUGGUACUUUAGCUUCUUUAUAUUGUAAAAAAAGGAAAAAAAAAAUUCAUUAGCCAUCACAUCACGAUAAAAAUGCUUUCCAGCAAUCAAUUUAAAUAAAAAAGAAAAACACUUAAUUUACAAAAGGUA